GCCCGUGGCGCCGGCAUGCGCACGAGGGCCGCUCCGCACGCGCGGUGCCUCCGCGCGGGCCCCGCGAGCCCGGGGCGCCACCGCCCGCCCCGCCCGGCGGCCCCGCGGCUGCCGCCGGGGCCGGGUCGCUACCGGCGGGGCCCCCGGCGCUGCUCCCCCCGCGGCGGCCGCACGGGGGCGCUGGGAGGGGCCGCGCUGGGGGCCAAGAUGGCGGCGCGGGGCCGGCGGUACUUCUGCACGGCGGGGCGCGGGCUGGAGCCCUUCCUGGCGCGGGAGGUGCGCGCGCGGCUGGGCGCCACCGAGGUGCAGCGCGUGCCGGGGAAGGUGUCGUUCCGCGCGGGGGCGGCGCCGGGGCGGCUGCGGGGGCUGCGCUGCGCGGAGCGGCUGUUCCUGCUGCUGCGCUGGGCCGCCCCGCUGCGCCUCCGGAGCAAAGGGAAAAUGCUGCAUGAGAUUAAAAGCCUUGUCAUUGAGGAACCGACGUACUGGCUGGAUGUCAUCUCUGUCUGGAGAAACUUUCAUGGGCACGAGGGGAAGGACGAUGACACCUCUCAAGAAAACCAGUUGCCUCUCAAGAGAAAAUCAGAAGAAGAGACAAAUACUGCAGCUAAAAGACAGAAAGCAGAACGAGUGAGAGAGACCGUGUCUGAGGAGUGUCAGGUGGAAGCUGGAGAGAGGUGUGUGGGGGGGCAGGGCUGCUGCACGGAAAGCAUGGAUUCCUCAGAAGACCCUUCCAAAUGCAGCGGAGAGGAGGAACCUGUCGUGAACGAGCAGCCUAGCUUCAGUUUCAGAGUUUCUUGUCGUUGUAGUGGGGCAAUUGCCAAAGUCCUUACCUCACAGGAGAUCGGAAGAGCCAUUGGCACAGCGCUCAUGAAGCAGUGUGGGUGGCGGGCUGAUCUCCGGGACCCCGACCUAGAGAUCUUUGUACACCUUAAUGACAUUCAUUCUGUGGUGGGGAUUCCUCUUUUCAGGCUUCCAUUGGCAAACAGAGAGUAUAUCAAAACAGCCGGACUGCGGUCAACGGUUGCGUGGGCCAUGGCAUCUCUGGCUGAAAUCAGUGCUGGUGCCUUUGUGCUGGAUCCCAUGUGUGGGCUAGGAACAAUACUGGUGGAAGCUGCCAAAGAGUGGCCCGAAGCCUGUUACUGGGGUGCUGAUAUAAGUGAUUCACAGUUAGAGGGUGCAGAUGUGAAUAUUCGGACUGCAGGCUUGAUGGAUAAGAUUGAAUUACUUAAAGCUUCUGUGAAAGCGUUGCCGUUGCCUUCAGAAAGCUUUGAUGCUGUGAUUUCGGAUAUUCCAUUUGGGAAGAAGUUCAAGAUCACAAAAGACAUACAGCUCUUACCGGAUAUUCUCCAGGAAAUGGAGAGGGUGCUUCGUGUUGGAGGGACCGUUGUGUUGCUGCUGAGCCAGGAUCUCCACAAGCGCAUGGAUGGCAUUACCCGGUGUGCUGGAAACGACGCUCCUAACACCAUUUCUGAAACUGGCACUGCAGAAGCCCUGAAUGUUGACGGAAAUUCUUCCUCCUUGGUGAAUGGUGCUGAAGAAUCCUUCCUCAGCGGCCGACAGACAUGCUUUGGGUCUCUGGUGCCAGAUGGCAUUUAUGAAGUUAGUCUUGGAAAGACGGAUGCUUUCAUAUACAAAUACAGGAAGAUCUGCGCUGCUGGGGCUCGGUAGCUUUCUUGCGCUGUGCCUGAGUGAACUGGAAUCCUGAUACACUUGAAAAGCAGCAUGGCAGUUGUCGGGGGAGCGCUGCUGAUCCCAGCCAGCCCUGUGCUGCUGUUAGCUCGCCUCACUUCUCUGGAUGUCCGAAGGCGCUGCUUUUUUAGCUUUUUAGGAGAGGUGGAAGAUGCCUACCAAUGGUUUGGAUGUAAAAUGUUGGAUGUAAAACGUUUUUACUGUAAUGAGACAGUCCUCAAAUCCUUGUUUAGGCAAAGCCUCUCUCAGUAUUGGGACGAGCUGCUUUGGGAGAGAAAGUAUUUGUAGAACUGCAAAACCAAAUGUAAAUGGAUUUUCACCCUUAGCAGUACUUUUUAGGAAGCACAUCUUAUCUCCAAAGUGUCCAGCUGUUUUUGAGGGCUUGCAGUCUUGUGUUUUAUUUUAAGGUUCGUUUCUAAUGAGCUUGAAAUGUCACUCUUGAGAUCUCUUGGAGUGGAAAAUAAACUAUUUUCUCUAUUAA